ACGCGUCCGUCCAAACAAGUUCCUCUCCAUCCCAUCUGCUAGUACGCCCGCCUUGCUUCCCCAAUCCGGCAAUCCCCACCCUACAAGGGAGACGGCGCUGGUCGGGCCGGGGUCCGUGGCCGGCAGCGCCGGCACCCUCUACGCCAGCGUCGAGAGACUCGACGACUCCUACAUCCUGCCCGGCGCCGACAAGAGCUACCUCCUCCGCCCCACGAUCGUGGCCUCGCCCGCCAUGACCGUCACCAGCUCCCUCCUCUUGCCGCCGCCGCUGCCAUCGUCGUACGGUGGGUGGGUGAAGUCCUUCAAGUGCGAGAACAGCGGCAGGUACGGAUACGGAUACAGCGGCGACUGCUGCUCCAGGUACGUGACCGACGCUGGCGGCGCCGACUGCCCCAAUUGGCAAUUGCCACCGCCAGAUGACGGCGCCGCUCGAGUACGUCUCGCCGUCGGCAGCCGGAUCGGGCGGCUUCGGCCAGUGGGUGCCGCCGAACACCUCCGCCGGUGGAGCGGUGAGAGGGUUCGUGCAGGGGGUGGUGACGUACACGGUGCUGGACGACCUCACCAUCACGCCCAUGUCCGCCAUCUCCAGCAUCACGCUGCUCAACGCCUUCGCGGUCACCGACCUCGCCGCGCUCCAGGAGAAGACCGUGCGGCUCGGCUACCGCGAGGGCCUGGCGAUCCUCAAGGCGUCGCUGCAGUCCAAUACCGUCCUCACCGAUGUUUUCCUCGCCUCCGGCCGUGCAUGAAGCUCCGUGGUCUGUACCUGGACGUGCGUGGUCACAAAGUUGCUGAGCAGCACUCGGCAAAAAAAAAAGUGACGGCGAAUCCAUCUUUGCCGAGUGCCUUUUCUCGUGCACUCGGCAAAAAAUGUUUGCCGUGUGUUAUUUAGCAUUUGGCAAACAAAAUCGGAAAAAAUAAAAAAAACAAAAGCACUCAUCGCCGCCGCCACUGUUCCUCGCGCCGCCGGCCGCCGGCGCCGCUCCUCGCGUUGGAUGCGGCUGCCACCACCGCCGCCGCUGCUCCUCGCGCCGAACACCACCGCCGCUGCUGCUCCUCGUGCCGAACGCCACCGCCGCUGCUCGUGCUGGACGCCGUCC